AAAUACACCUGGAAAUCUCAAACCAAUUCCACCAUUAACGAUAUGCCUUUUUCUUCAUCUUGUUCUGCCCCCACUAGUCAACUUUUUUAUUUCUUCUUUCAACUUCAACCAUCAUCAUCAUGCCUCAUUCUCUGAUCUCUACUUUCCGGCCACCGUCACACCAGAUACUCCGGCGGCAACCCACUUCAACUUUCCGGCCAAAACAACCCCUCCCAACAGAUCAUUUGAAAAAAAUAAUAAUAAAAAUGGGAAAGAAAAAAGAUAUACAAGGAGUAAGUGAUCAAAUGAAUGCUAUUGCUUCACAGAAUCUUGAUCAAGCACCUUCUCGUAGGAGAGUUCGUUUGGCUUUUUCUCAAGUUCAAGAACAACUUGACCAUGUUCUUUUUAAGAUGGCUCCUACAGAUAUCAGGACCGAAGAGUGGUUUGAGAUGAACUCAAAGGGUCAAGAAAUUUUCUGUAAAAGUUGGCUUCCAAGGCCUGGAGUCCGUAUAAAAGCCGCUGUAUGUUUUGUCCAUGGAUACGGCGAUACUUGCACCUUUUUCUUUGAAGGCAUUGCUAAGAGAAUUGCUGCGGCGGGUUAUGGUGUGUAUGCCAUUGAUCAUCCUGGUUUUGGUCUCUCUGAAGGGUUGCAUGGCUACGUUCCGAACUUCAAUGAUAUAGUUGACAAUGUAAUUGAGCAAUACACAAAAAUCAAAGGUAGACCUGAAGUCAGAGGGAUGCCUCGGUUUCUACUUGGCCAAUCCAUGGGAGGUGCGGUUGCACUUAAAGUUCAUCUUAAAGAAAAACGAGAAUGGGAUGGUGUAGUUCUUGUGGCGCCAAUGUGCAAAAUUUCUGAGGAAAUGAAGCCGCCAGAACCAUUACAGAAGGUUUUAAUCUUUUUGUCAAGACUUAUGCCAAAAGCAAAGCUUGUACCAACAAAAGAUCUAGGCGAGCUCGCUUUUAGGGAUGCACAGAAAAGAAAAUUGGCAGAUUACAAUGUCAUAAGCUACUCUGAUCAGACAAGAUUAAAGACUGCUGUUGAACUUCUAAAUGCCACAAACGAACUCGAAUCACAAGUUGAAAUGGUUUCAUCACCAUUAUUGAUCCUUCAUGGAGCCGCAGACAGAGUAACGGAUCCAAGUAUCAGCAAGUUUCUGUAUGAAAAGGCUGCUAGCCAGGAUAAAACUUUGAAGCUUUAUGAUGGAAGUUAUCAUUGCAUUCUUGAAGGUGAAUCUGAUGAGAGAAUUUUUGAGGUACUUAACGACAUUACCACGUGGCUUGAUUCUCAUUGCGCUGUUAGAUAGCGGCUUGUAGCAGUUGUCCAGACUAAAGAAAUUCUGUUCAAGUUGCUCUGAAUUGACACACUAGACCGGAUUCUUUAUUCUUUUUGUUACCAUUUUUUGGCUAUAUUUGUUGUAAUAUGCGUGUUUGUCAACAUGUAACAUUCUUAUAUAAAACUCAUGGAAUUUAUCUGGUGUUAAGUGUCUUCACAUGAAUUUAUUGUAUUUCUCUUCA